AUGACAAAUCAUGUUGACAUGGUCGAUCCUACUUUAAGGUAUCUUGGGAGGUUUGACCCUGAAAUUUAUUUCCCAGUGCCUUCAGUUCAAAACAGAGAAGCCAUCCUUUCAUUGCACACUCAAAAGUGGUCUAAGACUAUUACUGGAUCCGUACUCAAGUGGGUGAUGAGGAAAACUGUCGGAUUCACUAAUGCUGCUCUUCAGGCUCUUUGUGCUCACGCAACCAUCAUCGCUCUAAAUUCUGCAAACAAAGUUUUCACUUUAGGAUUCUAUAAGCCCGAACAUACCAAUAAUACUUACUUAGGAAUAUGGUACAAAGAUUAUUCUUCAAAUCGUCCAGUAUGGCUUGGUAACAGAGAAAAACCUAUUAUGGAUAUUCUGGCAUUCUCAAUAAGUAGUGCUGGAAAACUUAUUGUAACAAGCAACAGAUCAGAUCCUAUUGAGCUGUAUGGAGGCGGAAAUGGCACAAAUAUGACAGCCAUGCUGUUGAAUUCGGGAAAUUUUGUAGUGAGGGAGACGAAUAUAAAUGGUUCUGCAGGCAGGAUUUUGUGGGAAAGCUUUGAUUAUCCCACUAAUACUCUUAAUCCGGGGAUGAAACUAGGUGUUAAUUAUAGGAAUGGGAGAAAUCGGUAUCUUACAUCAUGGUUUGCCUUAAACAAUUUCGCUUCAGGAAUUUUUACGCUAGAAUGGGAUCCAGCCAGACAUAGAUUGAUUGUACGACGGCGGAGGUUGGUUUAUUGGACCAAUGGGGACGUGAAAAAUUAUACGAAUGAGAACUCGAGAUUGAAUGUCAACGAAUUUGAGAAUAUAGUCCAUAAACCCCAUGUUCUCAAUUUCAAUUACAAUUUGACCUAUGUUUCAAAUGGUGUGGAGGAUUACUUCAGCUACUCCCUUAUAAUAGACCCCAAGUUGUCACCUGAACGUCGAAAAACUCUUUCUCUAUUGCGGCUGAAAUUUAACGGGGAUAUAUAUGAUCCUGAUCAUCCAGAUAUAUCACAAGUCUCUGUUAUCGUAAUAACAGAGGCUGUGAAUUACGGGAGCAGCCAAGUUGCAGGUAUCAUAAUGAGAAAUUUGUUUGGAUACCAGGGCAUUUCGCUAAUGGAGAUGUGA